AUGACUAGUGUCAGCAUAAUAUUUUCAGUAUCAAUUAUUCUCAUAUUGUCACCCACCAUUAUAUCAGAGAGCGACUCGUAUCCAAAAGAACCAUACCGACCCCUGGGCCCAUUAGUUAAAUGCAAGUUUUUGCCCCUGGAGUUUCUCGAUUGCGAUGAACCGAUCGAUCAUAAAGGAAACCACACAGCUAGAGAUGCAAUAGGACAUGGCUGCGUAAAGUUUGGAGGCGUAAGAUACGACCAAGUCGAAAGAACAAAAGUGCAAUGCAAAGCUCUUGAUGGAAUCGAGUGUUUUGGAAGCAGGAGCUUUCUGCGAGAUGGUUUCCCUUGCGUACGAUAUUCUGGACAUUAUUUUACGACUACAUUGAUAUACAGUAUUCUAUUAGGAUUUUUAGGAAUGGACAGGUUUUGUCUAGGACAAACAGGUACAGCUGUGGGUAAACUUCUAACGUUAGGGGGGUUAGGUAUAUGGUGGAUUGUAGAUGUAGUGUUACUGAUAACGAAUAGUUUGCAUCCAGAGGAUGGCAGUAAUUGGAAUCCCUAUGUUUAG